AUGGGAGCUAACCAGUCCGGCCUCGGGGGACCGGGCGGGCCGGGCGGGGGGCCCGGCGAGGAGAAGAAGAAGGAGAAGAAGAAGUGGCAGCCGCCCCCGCCGCCGCAGCGCGUGGGCAAGAAGCUGAAGAAGAAGGGAAUCGACGGCGCGACCCGCCUGCCGGACGUCGCGCCCGCGUCCAAGUGCCUCCUCCGCAAGCUCAAGCUGGAGCGGGUCAAGGACUGGCUUCUCAUGGAGGAGGAGUUCGUGACGAACCAGGAGCGGAUCAAGCCGCACACGGAGCGCGCCGCGGACGAUCAGAGCAAGGUGGACGAGCUGCGCGGCUCCCCGAUGUCCGUCGGAAACCUCGAGGAGAUCAUCGACGACAAUCACUGCAUCGUCUCGUCCAGCAGCGGCCCGGAGUAUUACGUCUCCAUCAUGUCCUUCGUCGACAAGUCCCAGCUCGAGCCCGGGUGCUCCGUCCUCCUGCACAACAAGACCAACGCGGUGGUUGGCGUCCUCGCAGACGACGUGGACCCGAUGGUCUCCGUCAUGAAGGUGGACAAGGCACCGCUCGAGUCGUACGCCGACGUGGGCGGCCUGGAGGAACAGAUCCAGGAGAUCAAAGAGGCGGUCGAACUGCCCCUCACCCACCCGGAGCUGUACGAGGACAUCGGCAUCAAGCCCCCCAAGGGCGUGAUCCUCUACGGCGAGCCGGGCACCGGGAAGACUCUGCUGGCCAAGGCUGUGGCCAACUCCACGUCCGCGUCGUUCCUUCGCGUCGUCGGAUCCGAGCUCAUCCAGAAGUACCUCGGCGACGGGCCCAAGCUGGUGCGAGAGCUGUUCAGGGUCGCCGAGGACAUGUCCCCGUCCAUCGUCUUCAUCGACGAGAUUGACGCCAUCGGCACCAAGCGAUACGACUCGAACAGCGGCGGCGAGAAGGAGAUUCAGCGCACGAUGAUCGAGCUCCUGACCCAGAUGGACGGGUUCGAGGCCAGGGGCGACGUUAAGGUGAUCAUGGCGACGAACAAGAUCGAAACCCUGGACCCCGCGCUCCUCCGCCCCGGUCGCAUCGAUCGCAAGAUUGAGUUUCCGCUGCCGGACGUCAAGACGAAGAGGCACAUCUUCGGGAUCCACACGUCGCGGAUGAACCUCUCCGAGGACGUCAACAUGGAGGAGUUUGUCAUGGCGAAGGAUGAGCUCUCGGGCGCGGACAUUAAGGCGCUGUGCACGGAGGCUGGUCUGCUCGCGCUGAGGGAGCGCCGGAUGCAGGUGACGCACGACGAUUUCUCCAAGGCUAAGGAGAAGGUGCUCUACAAGAAGAAGGAGGGCGUGCCCGAGGGGAUGUUCAUGUAGGCGACGAUUGCUUAAACCGACCGCGCCGCGUCCUCCGCGGAACGGGCGGUGUCAUUCGAAUCGACGUUAAGAUUCGUCAC